UGCCUAUCGCAAAAAGUGAGCGCCUAGAUCUCAGAGACUAUAAGAGCUAGAGCAACCAAAUUUAGUAUCUACACUCCUAUGGUAUCGAACCUGUACAAGUGUAUUUCAAAACUUCGCCCCAGCUCCUUCCGCCCUCACAAAGAACGAAAAUCUGUGGCAUCCACAAUUUUGAAGAUACGGGAAAAUUAAAAUCAUAAAGAAUGACCAUAUCUACCAGAUUGCCGAAUCUUGAUCAGAUCGAAUUAUUAUUAUAGCCAAAAGUAACAUAUCAAUUUUCGGUCGCUACGCAGAGCCCGACGACACGUUCAGGCUGAUUUUCUGUCUCUCUCGCAUUCACUUUUUGUCGCUCAAUGUUACGCGGUGUCUGCCGGAGAAGAACCAUAUUGACUAAGUAUCAGGCAUAAAUGUAGAGUUGCGGUCGCAGCAGCAACUCAUUAAUUAUUAUGAUUAUAUUAUUGCAACUUGCAAGUCACACAGUCGGAAAAUCAUUUACAGAUCGGUGUAGUGCAUAAUAAUUCACUUUUACAAUGAACAAUGAGACGGCGCCAUUAUAUUAUAGUGCGGAGACAGUCCGACGUCUCCUCAACUGGCCGCUUGUCAACGAAGCAGUAGAGUCAGCAUUGAAGGCAGUUGUGUCUUCACAGAACCGUCCUCCUAAUGCGGCCUAUGUGAACCAGCCAAAGAGGAGCAUCACCGCGUGCAAGGAUCCGGGCCAAUUCUUGUUCACGAUGCCCGCCUUUGUGGGCAACUUCACGCUGCCCUCGGAUUGCUAUGUUGGGGAUGCGGCCAACGUUACACGCUCGACAUUGGCCUGCAAGGUGGUUUCAUCGUUCAGUUCUAAUCCUCAACAAGAACCGCCGCUGCCCAGCAUAAAUGCAAACAUCUUACUCUUCAGCAUUCAGACUGGAGAGCUGACUGCUAUUAUGGCUGGCACAGAUGUAACUACCUGGCGCACAGUGGCUGCCUCAAUAGUGGCAACCAAGUACCUCUAUUUUCGUCGUUUUGGCCCUAGCGCCGAGCACGAGCGGGAGAUAACGGUUGCUAUAAUUGGUUGCGGAGUACAGGGAAAAAUGCACGCAUCGGCAUUUUGUUCCAUGUUCAAAGUGAAGCAAUUGAAUCUAUUUAAUCGCAGCACUGCCAGGGCCUUUGAGCUAGCCGAGCAGAUGAAGCAGGAGCUGGGAUGCGCGGGACAGACAAAAAUUAGUGUAUGCAGCAAUCCAGAACAGGCUGUGAAAAGCGCCGAUGUCAUUUGCAUUGCCACUUACUCGAAGGAGCCGCUGAUCUUCGCAUCAGAUCUGCGCGAAGAGGGAUCUGUCCACAUUAAUGCUGUGGGCGCAGGCGAAAACCACUACUCGGAGGUGGCGACAAAUAUAUACGAACGUGCCCAGGUCUAUGUAGAUUGCUUUGCCAAUGCCGAAAGCGAGUUGAUUGGCCUUCCCGCGCCUAUUACCGCCGAGUUGGGAUCAGUCAUCAACAGUGGGCAUUAUCCCGAAGCGUCAGACAUCACCAUUUUCCAGUCCAUGGCUCUGAACUCUGUUUUCAGGAAUGGCUUCUGAGGAUGCUUGUGUGGCGCAGGCCUUGCAGGACGCUUCCCUGUCCGGCGUCAAGUAAUACAGCCCGCUGUCUUUUUACAGCCCCAAACGCUUGUGAUAAAUAGCUAGACAUGUGCCCUAUUUAGAAAUGACGGAGCUGAAAUGUUUAUGUUGAGGCAUUUAUGGCAAAUAAUAAAUAUUUCAUGUAUAUAAAAAUCAAUUGGAAACGUAA